UACCAGGUCUUAAAGUGCCAUAGUAAAUUAACCUGCUUCGUACUCUUAUCAUCACUCGAUUGGAAGUUGAAGUGCGGAAACAAUGGCGGAAGCCCAACUACGUGACCAACAUGGCAACCCCAUCCAACUCACUGAUGAACAGGGUAAUCCUGUUAAACUAACCGACGAGCAUGGCCAACCCAUCCACCUUACCGGUGUUGCUGCACCCGCCUCUGCCACCACCGGUUUUGGGAGUAUAGCCACCACUACCGCAGGUUUUGGCGGUACACCCCCCACUACUACCGGUUUUGAAAGUACAGCCACUACUGGACAUGCCACUGGAGGUGGAGGGAUCGCCGGACUUGGAACCUUAGGUGGCGGUCCAUACGGUGGUGGUGCAACCAGAGAGAAAGGGACCGUGGGAGAUAUGUUAGGGAGGGACAAGAAGGACGAUGACAAAUCUAGCUCUAGCUCUAGCUCUAGCUCUUCUGAGGAUGACGGACAAGGUGGGAGGAGGAAGAAGAAGGGACUAAAGGAAAAGAUCAAAGAGAAAAUACCCGGCGUUGGAGGAGGGAUGGCCAAGGACCAUUCUCCCCAUCAAGGGACAACCACCUCCACCACCACCACUACCACUGCCACCAGUGCUGCUGGCCAACACCCUGGGGAUCAUGAGAAGAAAAGCUUCAUGGACAAGAUCAAGGAAAAAAUGCCCGGUCAUCAUCAUAACCACUGAACCCUCUCUUCUGUGUGUAUCAGAUCAAGCUCUGCUU